UCCAACAAUACCAACAAACACAUAACCAACACUUUAACAAACCGCCAAAAUGCAGUUCAAGCUUCUUACCGCCGUCACCACCUUCCUGGCCGCCUCUUCUGUCCAGGCCGCCAUCGCGCCCUCUGACAUCGUCAAGACCCUCGAGACGGUCACUGACCUGUCUAGCGACACCAAUGAUAUCGCAAAGACCAUCACCAACCCGGUUCAGAUCUUCACGGCCGUCCCUAAAUUGAUCGGUAGCUUCAAGGACAUCAUUGGCACUGUGACCAAUGCCAUCAGCAUGCUCGGUGAUCUUCCCGAUGACCCUAAGUUCCCCGAGUCGGGCCAGAGUGAAAUCUGCGAGGCCUUCACUGGCUUCGUCAAGGUUCACCAGAACCUGCUUGAGACCAUCAUCGGAAAGGAGGGCCUCCUCUCCAACACCCCCUUCACCGCGCCCAUCGCCGCUGUCCUCCGUGUUCUCGAGAACAUCGUCGACAAGGUGGCCUUUACCAUUAUCGGCACUGUUCCCACCUGCGCCGACGGUGCCAAGAAGGAUCUCCAGGAUCUCGACGAGACUCUGGGCAAGACCAUUGACACCUACUCUUAAAUGGGCCCUUGCAAAAGAUGCGAGCUGGCUUUGCUGAGUUGAUGUGAUGCGACGGAGUGCAUCGAGGUAGAGCUAUACGGCUUGGGGCAUCAUGACUUAUGAAAUCGGUGAGAACUGGAGGGAAGGACUAUGUUACGCUUUCUUGCUCUUGAUCCAAGAGCUUCUAAAUUGACUUGUUUCUGGAA